GAGCUAAGUGCAGUUUCUUUUCAGCUCAGUAGGGCUGUUCAAAGAAGCCUCAAGGGUCUGCAGGUGCAUGUCAGAUGGCAUGCCUGAGAAACCAGCAGAGACAUGUAGGAACUCUUUCAAGGACAUGGCCUCUCCUCUAACAUUCAGUAAGAGGAAGCCACUGACAGCUGUGGAUACCCAUGCAAGAGUUCAUCCCAGAAGAAUGGCACUGGCUCAGCGGCCCGCAACAGCCCCGAGCCUUUCCAGAAGCACCUGCUCCGUGGAUAUCUGGGACAUCUUCUACAACAGGCUCAAUGAGAAACGUCCCUCCGCCAAGAGUGAGGAAACAAGGAGGCCGUCUACUGCCAAACAACAUGUCUGGGAAUACUCCAGUACGACAGGUCAUAUGAAAAUCAUGGAGGUCCAGGCACAGGGGCAUUUUGUGAGGCUUGCGAACUGCUCCCAGACAGAGCAGGACAUCGGAGAGUAUUACCUGCAGCAGAGCGUUAAGGGACAGCCUGUCAACUGUUUCCUCUUCCCAGCGAGAACAUUCAUUCAACCUGGAGCCUCAAUCACUGUUUGGUCAGAACAUUGCAGACCUUGUGCACAUUCUUUCAACGAUCAUGUGUGGACUGGACUACCACAAAUUGGAUCGAGCCCCGAGUACACCACUAUCUUGUGUACGACAAAUGGUCAAGCAGUGGCAUGGUACACCCCAGCUCGACUCUCCAUGUUGAGGACAGGCCAAGCUUGGGAGGAGCCGGAGAGAAGACCACAGCGCAGGGCUGGGUGCUCUCUAUCCAGAGGAGACAGUAAGAGGGCCACACCGCAACACAUAGCAAAGCAAGAACCUCAUUGGAAACACUCAGACCUGGCACCCUUACUAUGCCUGCGAAGGAAAACAGACGCGAUAAGAGUGUCUCAAAGCCCGUGGACCCAAAGCCCCUCCUCCAUCACCCACCCCUCCUGCAUUAGUGCCUGGCCUCAGGCACAAACCAAAGCAAGGAUACCAAUGCAGUGGCCAAGACGCUCACCAAAAAAAGGCAUGCAGAGAUAUACCCAUCUGGACCCCUUUGAGAGGAGCAGUGCUGCAACUUAAACACUAUAGCCACGUUCAGCACACCAAUUACAUUAUUUCACAUAUUUAACAAUAAAGACGAAAGUGCUUUAGAGAAA